CGCUCCCGGCUCUACCAUGCCGAGGGGCUUCCUGGUAAAGCGGACUAAACGGACGAGCGGCUCGUACCGAGCGCGCCGAGCCGAGCGGGCCUUCCCCCUGCUGGGGCCCGAGGGGGCGCCGCCCUUCCCCGAGGAGGCUGCCCGUGCCUCCCAGCCCGGGGCGCAGCGGGCGGCGCCCCCCACGCCGGACGAGCCCGGAAAGCGGCUGGAGGAGGACGCGGCCCGCCAACUGUCGGGGUCGCCCUGUCGGGCCGCUGCGGUGAGCCCGGGGGCGGGCGCGCGGGAGGGCGCAGAGCGGAGGGCGGAUGGCAGGGAGGGCCCCGGGCCCGGGCCCUGCCCCAGCCUCGCGAAGCCGGCGGGCGCGGAGCUGCGCCGGGCGUUCCUGGAGCGCUGCCUCGGCUCGCCCGUCUCCGCCGAGUCCUUUCCCGGGGGCGCCGCCGCCGUGGCCGCCUUCUCCUGCUCGGUGGCGCCGGCAGCCGCCCCGACCUCGGGGGAUCAGUUCCUGCUGCCGCUCCGGGCACCGUUCCCAGAGCCCGCGCUGCAUCCGGACCCCGCGCCCCUCUCGGCCGCCCUGCACGGCCUGAAGCGGGCCGCCGGCGCCGAGCGCCGCGCCAAGGCACCUCCCGGCUGCGCGUCUGCGCCCGCGGCCGCCGGGGUCAAGAAGCCAAAGGCCAUGAGGAAGUUGAGCUUCGCCGAUGAAGUGACCACAUCCCCAGUCCUGGGCCUGAAGAUCAAGGAGGAGGAGCCCGGAGCGCCGUCCCGGGGCCCGGGGAGCAGCCGCACGCCGCUGGGGGAGUUCAUCUGCCAGCUGUGCAAGGAGCAGUACGCGGACCCCUUCGCGCUCGCCCAGCACCGCUGCUCCCGCAUCGUGCGCGUCGAGUACCGCUGCCCCGAGUGCGACAAGGUCUUCAGCUGCCCCGCCAACCUCGCCUCCCAUCGCCGCUGGCACAAGCCGCGUCCUGCAGCCGCAAAUGCCGCCCCCGUGUCCUCAGCCGACGGGAAGCCGCCUCCUCCGGCACCCUCGUCCUCUCCGGACUCCGGGACUAUCGCAUCCUUCCUGGCGGAGGGCGAGGAGAACAGCCGGGCCGAGCGAACUGUGGAUCAGCACCUGCAGGCCAGGGACAGCUCCGGGGCGGAGCAGCACCGGGACAGCGCCCCACACCCGGGCCUCCAGGUGUUGUCCCACCCCGAGCCACCGCGGCCUCAGGUCCCUUACACGGAAGCGGUGUUGGGGCGCCGGGUGCCUGGGCCGGGCAGUGCCAGUGGUGUCGGGGGACCCGAGAUCUUCGUGUGCCCGUAUUGCCAUAAAAAGUUCCGUCGCCAAGCCUAUCUGCGCAAGCACCUGGGCACUCACGAGGCGGGCUCGGCCCGCGCGCUCGCCCCGGGCUUUGGCGCCGAGGGCGCCGCCCCGCUCGCCUUCGCCUGCCCGCUGUGCGGGGCGCACUUCCCGUCCGCAGACAUCAGGGACAAGCACCGGCUGUGGCACGCGGUCCGCGAGGAGCUGCUCCUGCCCGCCCUGGCUGGGCCGCCCCCCGAAGCGCCGAGCCCAGGCGGCGCAUCCGACGGCGGUGCUCAGCAAAUUUUCUCGUGCAAGCACUGCCCGUCCACUUUUUUCAGCUCCCCGGGGCUGACCCGGCACAUCAAUAAGUGCCACCCCUCGGAGAGUCGGCAGGUGCUGCUGCUGCAGAUGCCUCUGCGGCCCGGCUGCUGAGGGCCGAGAGACCAGGAAGAUCGCGAGGUUGGCCUUGGAGGAAACAGAACAUGGGAAUUUCUGUGGGGCUUUCUUCAGCUUGCAAGGUUACCCCCUUUCCUUCCUAUAUGUUCUCUCCUAAAACUCCCAGUAGUCAGUGUUCCGCCAGAGGAGCGGACAGCGAAAUGUAAACUCCCUCUCUAGAGCAGGUAUGUAUGUAGUGUAAACGUUCGCGGUCAAGGACUUGUCAGCUUUCAAUCCUUCUCACUUUCCCCACGAAAAUAGGAUCGCCCCCCCCCCAAACUCUGGAGACCCUAACGAAUCCUAUAUGACUUGUAAUUCCUAUGGAAAGUCGCAGUGCACGCGUGCAUGUCUCAAUGUCUACAAAGGAUUCUAGCUACCGAAAGUGGUAGUCAAUGUUUUUUUCCCUUGCCAUCGCAGGCGCCUAUGUAGUUUCUGUCUCAACAGGGUCAGAUAUCUUGCAUUGUAUAUUCUGUGAAUUAAAAGUUACGUGAUUCGUGCCAAACUUACAGGGGCGGGGGGAAGAUCCAAGACCUGUGUCUGUGGGCAGGAAAUAUAAGAGGAUGUUUGUGCAUUGGGGGGAUGUGGGGAUCUCCCUGUAAACUUUCUUUUUCUCAAUUGUAAGUAUCAGUCCAUUCUUAAGUUAGUGUUUGGAGGUGGGGAGGGUGCUACUUUACUGGAAGGAAUUGCGAUACCUCCGAAAUUCUCAUCUUUAGCUAUUUUGUGUGCAGUAUUCAGGAAGAGCUACUUUAAACCUUUCUUUAAAUAAUAGCUUUUUGGAAAUAUAGAACUCACUUCCUGAAGUUUGACUGUUUUAGUAGGGUUUCAUCCAAAUUGUUUAAUGCUUCUGUUGUGAAUCUCAUCCGUGUAUUAUAUAUGAAACUACUUUCAGCUUAAGGAAGAUGUUAAUACCUAUAAUCCACUAUGGAACUGAAUGGCAACUCAUUCAAUAUUCAGUAUUUUCUUUCCAGCAGCAACCUGUUUUCGAAUUUUUGUAAACCUCAUUCAGUGUACAUUCUGUGCCCAUGCCCUCACAGCCGGACUUUGGGACCCUGGCUGAGCCUUGCUUGACAGAUAGCCCAUAUUUGUAAGAUGCUGACCACCAAAUAAAUGUCCACGGCUGGUG